CCGAACAGUUGGCGGCUAGGAAGCAACUGGAAGCGGGACCCUUGAAAAACAACAACCUGUGCUACAGUUUCACAUAUCACGUUAACGCCUUAACAAAUGAACUAAUACAUUUGUCUUUUGUAGAGCCAGCUCAAGUUAAAAAAAAAGGUGACUGAGAAGAACACAAAAUGCCUCCCAAGAAGCAACAGCUGAAACCAACAGCAGCAAACGUCUCCAGCUCCAUGGACCUGGAGUCGGAGGAGGUCAGCCUGGAGACGACCGUGCAGACCGCCGACGACGUCUCCUCUUCUGACGAGCAGCGGGACGGAUCCCAAAAGGUGACCCGCCAGCUCAUCGAAAGGAAGGAGCUGCUGCACAACGUCCAGCUUCUAAAAAUCGAGCUUUCUCAGAAGAAUCUCAUCGUAGACAACAUGAAGGCUGACCAUAUGUCCAAGAUUGAUGAGCUGCAGGAGAGGCUUGGUGAUGCUUUACAUCAGAAGCACGUUUUAGAAAUGAGACUGGACAACCAGCUGAAACUGACUCAAGAAGAGAGCAAGAAGCAGCAGGCAUUACGUAAGCAGGAGAUGGAUGCCAUCCUGAAAAGGCAGCAGCAGCUGGAGGAGACCAACCGACAGCUGUGUGAGGGAGCCGGAGAGCUGCGGAGGUCCCUCAGGGAUCUGGACAUCUCUCAGGACAAAUACAAGGAGCUCCGAGAUCUCCCAGAUGAAGAAAUGUCCAUACAGGAAUACGUAGCUAAACGUUUCUAUGAGGUGGUGACUCCUCUGAGGACUGAGCUCGCUGAACUUAGUGGGAGGAGAGGCAGUUUGACUAAGGAGCUGGAUGAACACAGAUCACAGAUGAAGGCUUUGCUGGAGAGCUAUGAGGAGGAGCGGAGGCUGCGUUCAGAGCUGGAGCUGAGGAGCCAGAGACUGACCCUGGAACUGGCUGAUACCAAACAGCAGAUCCAAGAAGGAGAUUAUCGCAGAGACAACUAUCCAAACGUCAAACGAGAACGUGACAACUUUGAAGCAGACCUAAAGGAGUUAAGAAGGAGAUUUGAGACACUAGAAGUAUCUCAUACUGCACUGACCCGAGAGAGGAACACUCUCAGUAAAGAGGUGGCAACAUCACAGCAGUCAGUCACUCUCCUGCAGAAGGACAAGGAGUACUUACACAGGCAAAACAUGGAGCUGAGUGUCCGCUGUGCACAUGAAGAAGACCGCCUGGAGAGACUGCAGGUACAAUUAGAAGACACUAAGAAAGCAAGGGAGGAUGCCUAUGAAAAAUAUGUGGCAUCCAGGGACCGCUACAAGUGCGAGUAUGAGGCCAAGUUGAGAGAAGAGCUUGAGAACAUCCGACUGAAAACAAGUCAGGAGAUUGACAACCUGCAGAGAACCUCCAGGGAGAUGUAUGAGAGGGAGAACAGGAACCUGCGUGAGGCCAGAGACAACGCGGUGCUGGAGAAGGACAGAGCCGUGGCUGCUGAGAGAGACUCUCAGUCCAGAUAUGACCAACUGCUGGAACAGUUCCGUCAGCUCCAGCUGGGUACUGACAGUCGGGUAGCAGACUUUUCCAACCAGGCCAAGCUGCACUCAUUUGAAGCCGAGCGCGCUCAGAUGGUCAAGGACGAGACCGCUAAAGCUCUGGCUCAAUGUCAGGUGGAAUGUGAGAAACAGCAGAAAAAACUAGAGCUCCUGACCCAGGAGUUUUACAGGCUGCAGACAUCGUCAGAGAAGCGGGUCACAGAGCUUCAAGCUCAGAAUGCCGAGCAGGCGGCUCGGCUUGAGACGUAUGAAAAGCUCGAGCAAGAGUUGGACCAAGUCACCAUGCAGGCUGCGGAAAUUGAGAAUGAAGAGGAAGCAGAGAGAGUUCUGUUUUCAUACGGCUACGGAGCCAACGUUCCAACGACAGCCAAAAGAAGACUAAAACAAAGCGUUCACCUGGCCCGCAGAGUUCUGCAGCUUGAGAGGCAGAACACAUCACUGAGGAGGGAACUGGACACACACAAGUCACAGACAGGACAGGUUUCAGAAGAGUUGUUGGCAGCCAACCAGCUGUUACAGCAGACUCAGCAGCCUUAUAGCUACCUGAUCGAGACGGUGAGACAAAGGGACACACAGAUAAGUGCACUGAAGGAGCGUGUCACCUCGCUUGAGGACGAUGUCAGUUCCCUGAGGAAAGAACGGACUGCUCUGCUGCAGGUGAAAAACAACAUGGCGGCAGAUUUGGAGAGACUCCUAAACCAUCGAGAGGAGUUAGCCGUGAUGAAACAAGUCCUGAUCAGCAUGAAGUCUGGACAAAGAGACUCUGUAAACCUGUUGGGAGCAGAUCAAACCGGUAUCAGGACCUCUAGUGCAGGAAAACAGCCGUCUAAACGGAUCAACAGGACCACAGAGGAAGAGUCGCCAAGCAAACCCAAACCCACUGUGUUUACGAAAAAAGAAGUUCCUGAUCGGUACCCAAAGCUAAAGCACACAUCCAAAUGAAGAGUCUUUUUUUUUUUUUUUAACUACUGGUGCUUUUAAUUGUUUAUCCACUUUUUUGUAUAUUUAGCUUGUAAAUAACACAUCUGUUUCAAAUUUCCAUUUUUUUAAACAUAAAACUAAAAAAACUACACUGA